AAUAUAAACCCUGAAUCCACGCCACCGCACCCAUCUCCACCAUUUUCUUUACCUCACUUUCUACUGUCUCAAACCAAAAGCCAUGUUUGAAGAAUCCAUAACGUCUGUACCCUCUAUCUGGGCAUCCAUGAACAGUUGGUUCACUCCCACUGUCCUCUUUGUCUUCCUUAAUCUCGUGAUUGGCACCAUUUAUAUUUCUUCAAGCUUAGCCACCAAUCACCAGAAACCACCAACUGAUCAAAAUCAAGAAAAUAAACACCAUUUACCUAGAUCUCCCUCUGUUCUUCACAGACUUAAAUCUAUCAAUUUUUACAGUUACAGAUCUCCUGAACCCACUUCUGUUGCUUUUGAAAAACCACCUCAAAAUUUUGACACCCAUUUCACUCAUUUCCAACAAUCCCCUGCAGAAGAAUACCAUCAAAACCAGCCAUUUCUUUCUAGAUCUCCUUCUAUGCUUCAAAGACUCAAAUCUAUCAACCUUUAUAAUUACUUUAAUCAAGAAACCAUUAACUUUUCUUUACCAAAAAAUAAAGAAAUGUUGCCAAAUUCCCAUUCUAUUGCUCCUCCACAACAAACUUAUCAAGAAACAGAGGAGGUGGAAACGGGGGAAGGAGAAGAAGAAACAGAGAAAAUUAAAGACCAAGAAGAGACCUUGGACGAGAUAUAUAGUAAGUUACAGAGCAAUAAACAAGUGAGUCGGAGUAAAUCGGACACGAAGCCUGCCGCUGGUGAAAUACCCACAAAGCUUCCAAAGAAAAUGAGGAAAUCUGCUAGUGUUAAGUCUGCUUUUGCUCAUUUUGAAGAAGAUGACAUUGUUGUGGAGUCUCGUCGGCCGGCGACUGUGAAAGAAGGGAAGAGUAGUAAAAUGACAGAGGUGGAUGAUGCAGAAGUGGAUGCUAAAGCUGAUGAUUUCAUUAACAGGUUUAAGCAGCAGUUGAAGUUGCAGAGGCUUGAUUCCAUUAUCCAGUACAAGGAAAUGAUCGGUAAUGACAUCUCCGUAGACGAUGGAUGCUUGGUUGUGUUUGGUUGGAAUGCACGUGGGAGAUUUUAUUCGGGCAUAAGUCGGUUUAUUGGAUCGGAGCCUAGAUGGGGCCCAAACAAACCAGAUACCAAUGAAGCCCGAUUUCAGCCAGGUUUCAGAAACAAAAGAAAAAGGAAACGACACGUCGAAUUCAAGAUUUCGGCGUGCCAAUUGCAAAUAACAUCGUCAAAUCAGACCAGAACAAGCGAAGAAAAGGAGAUCUGCAUAACGACACCGGAAAGAACAAUCUCUGAAAAGGGCGUCAAAGCAGUUAUGAGGGAAAGGGAGACUUUUAGUUUUUGGAGACAAAUUGAGUGAGAAGAAGAAAAAGAGAGUUUUAGUUAGAAGAAAGGAGCAAAACAGAAAGGGAGAGAAACAGUCACAAGGAGAGAGAUGGGAUGGAUAGUAAAUAAACGGGUAGAGAUAGGAAGAGGAAAGACAAGUCGCAUUUGGGGAGGAGCAUUUCUUUGUUGGAUUUUAUUCAUGUUGGCCACACCCAGAAUCCCUAUUUCCCACCAGCAUCACCAAUUUGCUGACAUGCGCAAUUUUCUUGGAGUGCCCAACACAUGGAAUGUAUUCAGCAAUUUCCCUUUUUUGAUUGUGGGUGUUGUGGGUUUCGUACUCUCUCUUCAAGGGUGCUAUUUAAAUAUAAGCUUAAGAGGAGAGAUUUGGGGUUGGGUGCUAUUCUAUGGAGGAAUAGUAGCUGUUGCUUUUGGUUCUGCUUAUUAUCAUCUCAAGCCUGAUGAAAGUAGACUCAUGUGGGACACUUUGCCGAUGAUGAUAGCAUAUUCUUCACUUUUUUCCAGUUUCGUUGUGGAGAGAGUGGGGCAACGAGUUGGAUUAAGUUGUUUGUUUGGGUUGCUAUUUGUUGUUUUACUUAGCACAACUUAUGCAAGUUGUUUGCAGAAUAUUUAAUGAUCUUCGGUUGUGCAUGAUGUUCCAGUUGAUUCCAUGUGUAGCCAUACCGGUCAUGGCCUUUUUGUACCCACCCAAAUAUACACAUUCAGUAUAUUGGAUUUGGGCAGCAGGUUAGGCGACUUAAAAGAGCGUCUGUGAGAAAGUAGAGACACGAAGAAGGCAUUUCUAAGCUGCAGCCAGCAGGUACCAAGAAAUCAGUGAAGCAGACAGUAGCCACAGCGAAUAAUUUAUGAUUGGAUAAUUUCUUUUCAUUUAUUCAUUCUUUUGAAACGCUACGCUAACCAAGCAGGAAUUUUGUUUUGAUUACGUAUUGGUUGAAGUGAAUUUUUUACGUUGUCAUUAACAUGUCAUAUAAUUAAUUAGCAUCUAAUGAAAGAAUUUUGACAUGUAA